AUGUGGAGUUUCGGGCGACAGAGGCCCGGCGCGUCGCAGGUCCUCCCAUGCGCGGCAGCGCUCGCCGCCUUCUUCGCGACGCUGCUCCUCGCCUCCGCCGCCGCCUUCUGGCUCGGCGCGCAGCCCGCGGCGGAGGCGCUCCUCCGCUCCCUCAUCGCGCCCUCCGCCGCUCACCCCGCGCCAAUAAGCGCGGAAGAGGAGCCUGGCGAAUCUAUUGAUGGCGAGCCUAUCAAUGGCAAGUCUUCCGAGGGCGAGUCUAUUGGUGGCGGAGCCACGCGGGGAACUGACGCUGCAGCAGCGUCCGCGUUUGGGAGUGAUUCGUUUCUGCUAGAGGAGAACGCGUCCGUGCCUCAAAUUUUGGAAUUUGACCUGAUCAAGACGUACCCGCACGACAGGAGGGCAUUCACCCAGGCAUGUUCCUGCAAGCAGUGCGUGGUGGGGUGCAAGGCGGUCGUUUCCAUUUCCGCUGUGCAUGCAAUCCCAGUCAUCCCAGGUCUGCUAUACAUGGACCAUGAAGCGAGUGGGGGGAGGGGGAGCGGCGAGGGGGUGUUUUAUGAGAGCACGGGGGACAUCAUCCUGUGUUUCUGUCCUUCCUUCACCCUAUCCCCUCUUGUCUCGGUCCCCCUUGCCCCUGUCCCCUUUUGUCCCCAUUCCCCGGUGUUCCUGUUCCUCUUCUCCCCUUGCCCCUAUCCUCCUUUCCCAUGCACCCCCCCUUUCUUCCCGCGUGCAGUCGACAGUGAGGGAGGUGGAUGUGGCCUCUGUUUGGUGGAGGGUAUGGUCCAGCAGCAACGACCACCUGACCUGACACCUCCCACAUUCUUUCCACUCAUGUGCCUUCCCCUUCUCUCGCUCUCGCUCUCGCUCCCUCCCCAGGUGCUCAACAGCGUGCCUCAGAGUGCUGACGUGUUUGGCGAGGGUCUAGCACUGCAUGAUGACAGGCUGUACCAGUUGGCCUGGCGGGUACGGUCAGGUUUGGUGUACGACAGAGAGACACUGCGACCACAGGGCAGCUUCCAGCACGGCAUGGCGGAUGGGUGGGGCCUGGCAGUGCUCAACGGGUCGGUCAUGGUCGGCACAGACGGCUCCUCCACGCUCUUCCACCUCGACUCAUCAUCCUUCAAAGCCGUGGCGCGCGUGACAGUGAAGGACGGAAAGAGGAGCAUACCGAAUCUGAACGAGCUGGAGGUGGUAAGGGGGCUCGUGUGGGCCAACGUGUGGCUCUCCAACUGCCUCGCCGCCAUCCACCCUGACACUGGCAAAGUGCUCGCGUGGCUGGACCUCUCUUCCCUGCAGUGA